AACAAGAGCCGGAAAGAAAACAAGGAGUCAUGUGAUUUGUCUGGAGCUGACUGAGGAACAAGGCUAACUGUUAGAUGUACAGUCAGUUAAAGGGAUUCACAUAAGCUGCUGAGCGGUCUGGAGACCACAAGACACAGGCCACCAUGGCUGAUGAUUUGAAGAGGUACCUGUACAAACAGCUGCAGAGCGUUGAAGGUCUUCAUGCUGUUGUAGUGACAGACAGGGAUGGUGUCCCAGUCAUCAAAGUUGCCAAUGACAACGCCCCAGUCCAUGCUCUGAGACCUGGCUUUUUGUCCACCUUUGCUCUGGCCACAGAUCAGGGCAGCAAGCUCGGCCUCUCCAAGAACAAGAGCAUCAUCUGCUACUACAACACCUACCAGAUUGUGCAGUUCAAUCGGUUACCACUGGUCAUCAGUUUCAUUGCCAGCAGCAACGCCAACACAGGUCUCAUCAUGAGUCUGGAGAAGGAGUUGGCUCCACUAAUAGAGGAGCUGCGGCAGGUGGUGGAGGUGACAUAAGAUCUGACAGACAGCAUCACCAUCUGGAGCACACCCUGCUCCCUGAUGAUGCAUUCAGCUCCUGUGUUGGUUAACAUUUAUAUCUGUUUACAUCUGAAUUGGACUUUUCCUUCUGUUGACUUCUUUUUUCUUCCAUUUUCUGUAGAAUCGAGGUGCUUCUCAUCAGCACAGACAGUUUAUAUGUCAAAUCAAAUGUUAACAAAUCUGAAUAAAUAUUUCAUUUUAGCACCUAAA